UCAUACACUGAGCUUUGCCUGCGAGAAAGCUUGUGAACGGGGAAAAUAUUAUAUAUUACUUGUACAGAAUACCGUCAAUUCAGACUUAUUUUCUCCUAAACGUUUUGGAAAGUUUCCGGCUCAAACAAAAAAGUUUUGUGAAGUAUCCUACAUCCAAUAACCAACAACACUGGUUCAGAGAGUAGUGUUUUCUGGAAACUUGAUUCACUUAAUCGCAACUCAUCCCUGUAUCCCGUGCGGAAACAGAAAAGUAGAGCGAUAAAGAGACGAACAGUCACUUGAGCAAAGAUGAUGGCUGAAUCGGAUAACACUGCGGACGCAACGAGACGGCUCAAUGUAAAAAAGCAAACCUUAGAUGAUGCCUAUGCGAUUCCGGCGAAUUUCCUGGAAAUAGACGUCGUCAACCCCAUGACUACACUGACGGCUGGGAAGAAGCGGUAUACAGACUACGAAGUCCGGAUGCGGACCAAUCUACCCGUCUUCAAGGUUAAGGAAUCCAGCGUACGUAGACGAUAUAGUGACUUUGAAUGGUUACGAAAUGAACUAGAACGCGACAGCAAGAUUGUGGUACCACCCCUACCAGGAAAAGCAUGGAAACGUCAAAUGCCGUUCCGUGGUGACGAUGGUAUCUUUGAUGAAAAUUUCAUUGAGGAACGGCGAAAGGGACUGGAACAAUUCGUCAAUAAGAUCGCAGGUCACCCGUUGGCCCAAAAUGAACGCUGUCUACAUAUGUUUCUACAAGAGCCAACCAUCGACAAAAACUACGUGCCAGGCAAGAUUCGGAAUACGUAAAUUGGCAGAGAAUGUUAAUGCUUUUGCUGAAAGUGUGUGAGAAAAUUCUUAUUUCAUGGUGAAUGAUUUCGGGAAGCAAAAGUAACUAAAAAUAUUUCACGGAAUAUUGAAAACAAAAUUCAAUUUUCGAUUGUAAAAUGUAUCGAAAAAAUUCAAAAAUUUGUUUUUAUAGUAAAGGCGUUAAGUUUUUGACUCGUCCAAUUACACAUUGUAUACAAUCAAAAAAUCAGUCUAACAUGAAUCUUGUGUACAUCCACUGUAAUCCACAAUGCUAGCAGAGGUUGAGUGGGUGACGUACGUACUCUCUCUUCAAGUUAUUAGAGCUGUAUCUAAUUAAUCCGAUAUAAUUUAAAUGUAAUUCAAAAUAGCAUUAACUGGAGCGUAACGCUCGGUUGGUUUGCUCGAUUUUGUUUUGGAACAAAAAAGUGCGUUACGUUCUGUGCCUAGUGAUCUAUUUUUAGCAGACUUCUUUAUCGACAGAAUUGUUACGAUUUUCGUGCACUAUCCAACCAAUAUAUGUAUGGUAUUCUCUCUUUCUAAGGAAAACUAUUAUAGUUAUCGGUUAAAUGAACGAAAUAUACGAAAUACUAUAAGUAUGAAUGAUAAAUAUUCCAUCUUUAUUUUCUAGGCAUAAUUUAACUAUUGAACUUUACCAUCUGCUGAUUUAUAUGAUCUUAUCAGAAUUGCAUAUGCUUACAGUGGUGUACAUUUUGGUUCAGAAAGCAAGCUGUAUUGGAUCAUUGAUUAGAAUUUCUAGCAUAUUUCAAACAGAUUGAAUGAAUGAAUUGAGAUUGCAGUAAAUAUUAACUGACUAAA